AAGAAGAAGAAGAAGAAGAAGAAGAAGACGAAGAAGAAGAAGAAGAAGACGAAGAAGAAGAAGAUGAUGAUGAUGAUGAUGACGCUUUACUUGCAAAGCAAGUUGGUUACUUAACUGGUGGUGGGGGAGAGCGCCAACUUGUCCAAAUAUUCGCGGAGAGGACAUCUCAAUAAAGGCUCACCGAGAAAACAAUGGAUGGAGCUAUCAGCCUCCCGAACCAGCCCGACAAAACAACCAAAGUGACUCUGGUUGAGAGAAGCAUGGCUCCUGGUGGAAUGGAACUUGUAAACUCCUACCAGACCACUAGAGUGGAGGACCCUAUGGAUCUUGUUGCUUUGGCACUGCAACUGCAGAAGGGAGACGAUUUUAUUAAAGCCAAUGCUUGCAACAAACUGUCGGUAAUUGCUGACCAGAUCAGAUAUCUACAAGAACAAGCAAAAAAGGUCUUAGAAGAAGCGAAAAGAGAUGCUGACCUCCACCACGCUGCCUGUAAUAUUGUGAAAAAACCAGGCAACAUGUAUUACCUCUACGAGCGACCUUCUGGACAAAAAUACUUUUCCAUCAUUUCUCCUAAGGAAUGGGGCCCAAGUUGUCCUCACUUGUUUGUUGGUGCAUUCAAACUUCAACACGACAUGUCCUGGACUCCUUUGGAUGACGUGCAUAAAAGGGAUACAGAGAUUGCUAUCAUGGGCAAGCUCCUCAGCCAAGCAACGACUUCACCAUCGGGCAUGGAACCCAAUUUCAAGGGCCUGAAGCUGAAUAAACCUGAACCAUUAUCCAAAAACCAAAUGACUAUUGUUAUACACUGGCAGAUCAGAAACACACGACAAAUAUUUCAUGACAUUUUCACCAUAUAAUUGUUUCAGAACAUUUGGCAAUCCAUCUUUGCUGGGUUUGGGGUGAGCAAGCAUUUCAUUGAAUUUCAAAACAUACGCUGUACGUUCAUGUGUAAGCCACAUACAAUGUGGGAUUUUUGUGUAGUCAGAAUGUAAAAUAAGACAUUAUUGACAUUAUUGCAGAUGUGAAACUACGGGAUAUUGUAUAUAAAAAUGUGAACUCAGUUCCAUCAAACAAACAUUUCA